CUGACCGGAGCGGAGAAGCAUCGCCUCCUGUUCGUCUCGUCUUCAUCUGUCACCGCUGAAAAACUUCUGGGAAACUGGAAACUAUCGCUUCUUCUCUUCAAUUGCACUCUUUCUUUCCACUGUUCGUGUUUUUCCACCUUGGAGACAAAUGACGCGAGGAGAACCCGAGAGGAGGAGGAGGAAGAAGUGACCGCGGGGUCUCCAUCCGCGUCUCUGAGGCUCCCAGCCAGCGAGAGAUGAAAGGCUGCCAAUGAGAGAAUGCUACGAUAAGUACCAGCCAUGGCUGCCCAUCGAAUCAUCAGAGUAACAAACAACAACCACGUCCUCCCUCGCUGCAAGUCGGAGGGGACACUCAUCGACCUCAGUGAAGGGGUCACUGGGGCCAGUCUCAACGAUGUCAAAGUGCCUUCUCCCAGUGCCUUAAGGCUGGACACUUCCUCCUCCUUUGGAGCUGCACAGGAAGUGGUUGCCAUAAAGGAUUAUUGCCCCAACAGCUUCACCACACUGAAAUUCUCCAAGGGCGAUCGCCUCUAUGUGCUGGACACAUCAGGGGGAGAGUGGUGGUACGCCCACAACAACACAGAGAUGGGCUACAUCCCAGCCGCCUACGUCCAAGCGGUCAACUUCAGGAACUCUUCGCUCAGCGACAGUGGGAUGAUCGACAGUCUCGGGGAAGGAUAUGAGGAUGGGUCAAAGGAGUUUGGAGGUUUGGGGGAGUGGACAGGCGUGACCCUUAGACCCUCCCCGAUUUACAACAACAGCCCCUUCUCUGGGAACCCACUUAUCUGUUCUUUAGAUCAAAAUUGCAAAGAUGUGGGUCUAAGGAACUCAGCAGACCUUAUUCUGUUCGAUGCUCUGGCCUCACCAUCAUCUUGCUCCAACUUCAACACUAGCCCAAUGAAUGGGUUCAGCAGCUGCCAUGUUAACACAACCACCCCCACCAGCCCAAACCAAGAAGUUGUACCUAACCUCCACAGGGAUAAUCCGUUUUUCAGGAGUAAACGUUCUCAUAGUCUCUCAGAACUGUCUGUUCUGCAAGCACAGUCUAAUCCAACCUUACCGUCUUCGGGAUUCUUCACGGGCCUUAAGGCUCCUUCACCAGAGCAGUUUCAGAGCAGGGAGGAUUUUAGGACUGCUUGGUUAAACCACAGAAAGCUCGCCAGGUCUUGUCACGACCUCCAGUCUUUGGGCCAAAGUCCCGGGUGGGGCCAGACACAGCCUGUGGAAACCAACAUAGUGUGCACGUUGGACAGUAAUGGAGGAGUUGUUCAGCUUCCAGACACCCAUAUCAGCGUGCACAUCCCUGAGGGCCACGUCAGCAAUGGAGACCACCAGCAGAUCUCCAUGAAAGCCUUACUGGACCCUCCACUGGAGCUUAACACUGACCACUGCUCCACUUUGAGCCCUGUGGUGGAGAUAAAGCUCAGCAACAUGGAGACCAAGUCCUUCAUCACGCUGGAGAUGAAGGUAGCAGUAACUGUGAAGAAAGACACUUGUCACACUGCUGAAGUGCUUUGUGUUCGGAGCGAUUGCAAAGAGGGGCCUUACGCACCGAUUCCUAACGCUUACAUCUACAAGGAAACAGUUCAGGUGCAGUUGGACAGUUUAGAACCCUGCAUGUAUAUUGCUGUUGUGGCUCAGUCCCAGUAUCUCAGCCACAAUAUGACUGUUUGGGACCAUGUGCAAAGGAAAGUCACUUUGGGUGUUUAUGGACCCAAGCACAUCCACCCAUCUUUCAAGACAGUCGUGGCCAUGUUUGGACAUGACUGUGCCCCCAAGACCUUGUUGGUGAGCGAGGUGGGCCGGCAGGCAAGUUCAUCUCCGCCAGUGGCUCUUCAGCUGUGGGGGAAGCACCAGUAUGUGUUGGGAUACCCUCAGGACCUCCAGGUGGGAUUGUAUUCCAACAUGUCCAACUACCAGGUGAAGGCGAGCGAAGGUGCCGGCGUGAUUCGGGGAUUUCAGGUCAAACUGGGGAAGGUCAGCAGGCUCCAAUACAUGAUAACAUCGCACAACCCUGACAGCAUCUCAGACUUCACUCUCAGGGUUCAAGUCAAGGACGCCCUCGACUGUAUUAUCACCCAGUUCUGUGUCCAAACUCCACAGCCACCGCCAAAGACUGGAGCAAGGAUCACGGGUCAGAGAAGGUUCUUGAAAAAGAAAGAGGUGGAUAAGAUUGUCCUCUCGCCACUGGCUGUUACCUCCAAAUACCCAAAGUUUCAGGACCGGUGCAUUACCAACCUGAAGUUUGGGAAGUUGAUUAAAACGGUGAUCAGGCAGCACAAGAGCACCUAUUUGUUGGAGUACAAGAAAGGGGAUGUUAUUGCUUUGCUCAGUGAGGAGAAAAUCAAACUGCGAGGGCAGCUGCGGACCAAAGAGUGGUACAUUGGAUACUAUCAGGGGAAGAUGGGUCUUGUCCAUGCCAAAAACGUUUUGGUUCUGGGUAAGGUCAAGCCCAUUUAUUGGUGUGGGCCAGACCUAACGACCACCAUCCUACUGGAGCAGAUCCUGAAGCCUUGCAAGUUUCUUACGUACAUUUAUGCAACUGUGAGGACGGUUUUAAUGGAGAAUGUGGGAAACUGGAGAGCGUUUGCAGACGCCCUGGGCUAUGGGAAUUUGCCGUUGAAUUAUUUUUGCCGGACAGAGCUGGACAAUGAACCGGAGCGGGUGGCGUCAGUUCUGGAGAAACUCAAAGAGGAGUGUACCAACAUGGAGAACAAGGAGAGGAAGUCAUUCCAGAGGGAACUCAUGAUGGCGCUGCUGAAGAUGGACUGCCAGGGUCUGGUUGCCCGGUUGGUCAUGGAUUUCGUUCUGUUGACCACAGCGGUGGAGGUGGCGUCACGGUGGAGGGAACUGGCUGAGAAACUGGCCCGAGUGUCAAGGCAGCAGAUGGAGGCGUACGAGGCGCCACACCGCGACAAGAACGGACUUCUGGACAACGAGUCCAUGUGGAAGCCAGCCUACGACUUCCUCCUGACGUGGGCCGCCCACGUCGGCGACAGCUACCGCGACGUGAUCCAGGAGCUCCACGUCGGCCUGGACAAGAUGAGGAACCCCAUCACCAAGAGGUGGAAGCACCUGACCGGCGCGCUCAUCCUCGUCAACUGCCUCGACACACUCCGCAGUGCCGCCUUCUGCCCGACCGGGUACGGAGACUUUGCUGUCUGAGGAUUUGCUUCCAGGUGGGGAAUCUUAUUUUAUUCUCCAGCUUGCGACCGACGUUGGGGAAGCUCAGUGUUGCUUUUACUGACUCAUGUGGGAAGUAAAUCUAUCGUGGACACUGUACUGAGGACACAAAGUUUGGGACGGACAUCAGAGAUUUAACCAUUGACAGGCACAUCCUGGUCUUUUGGAUCAGUACUGAUGCAACACAGUAUAAAAACGCCGAUGGACGAUUUCUGGCUCGACGAUGUGAAAAUCUAGGAUCUGCCUCUUUCUCUCUUUUUUUCUGCCUCUUACUACAUUUUUCGGCUGUAUUUUCCUUCAUCUCCUUCUACCUCACCCUUUCUCUUUAUCCAUUUAUCUCUUCUUCUCUUGUCUCUAUCUCUCCAUGGAAAGCUUGUUUGAUUUUCUGUCUUCGGACCCUCAGGACAUCAGAGACCUCAACCACUGCAGUACAUAACCAGACGAACCGUGACCUCUGACCUUUUCCUCAUCUUUGAAAGUUGAUUGGAUUGCCUGCGCUCACAAUCUUGAUAUUUGCAAGUCAAACUUUAAACAUAAACUAAUUUCCCCUCCAGUCCUAAUCAUCUGUUUCUGUUAGGCUGCCAUCUGCUGGCCAAGCAGAUGUUUUUAAAAAUGUUUUCAUAUAUUCACAGGCUGAUUUUCUUGCCAAACAAAAAGUUAGCCCGGUUCUAACUUCACAAUUUUGCUGUAAAGGUACGUGUAUCCCCCGAUCCAAGAUAUACUUCUAUUUUUUUAAACUAGCAGAACGACACAGAGAACGUGCUAUAGUUGUGUUCCUGCUUUCAUUUCUUUUUCUGAUUUUGCUUCCUGUAAGUGAAACAUCUAUUUACCAAAUUUAAAAAUGUUCCCCAUAAAAACGUUUUUAAUUGAUUAAUCCAAAAUACCCCUGUGAUAUUUGAGAUUAAUAAAUAUUUGAACAGAUUAAUGUAAGAGAAUGUACAUUACCAUGACAACUAGAUCAUGUUAACCUUUCCAACCAGAAAUUCCAGCAAAAGUUAUUUAGUUAUUAUUCAUUAUUAUCGUAAAUUUAUUUUUUUACUUAUUUAUCUCUCUGACGUCUACAGAGUAAAUCAAAUCAUUUUUAUUGUGGCUUCAGUGUAGGACGUAAACCCUGCUUCCUCCAUGUUAGUGGAUGGGACAUGUGGAAAAAUAUACCUCAAAUAUAUUUGUCUCAAAGAUGGUUCCUGUUUUCUGAUAAGUUUGGUUUUAAUUAGUUGUUUGAUGAUAUAAAAAAUGGGGUGGAACAUCUUGAUUGACAGCUGAGACGGACUCGCAAUUGGUCGAGCGCGUGCAUCUGCGGGACCUUGACACUGUGACUUGACUCCACGAUCACCGUUUGGCUUUAUGUGUGGAGAAAGUGGAGCUGCGACUUUAAUCUUUAUUCAGUUCUCUGAUUUAGGAGGAAAAGGCCACGCCUACAGGAAUCAUCCCAUUCCUGCACCAAAAAGACCUCAUCCGCUCCUCUACCCUCUAACUUAGUUUUCACACACCACUGAAUAUCUGUUUUUCUUGAAUUUCUCUGUCUUUUAAAUCCGAAUACAGAAGGUAAGCUCCUCUUCAUCAAGCUAGUCUUUACAUCCCGGGUUCCCUGCCGUCUUCGCACCACCAUCCUACCCCACGUCAUCCAUCCCCCCCAUGACCCUUCCUUUGACCCUCAAUCCAUCCCUCCUGCGUCAUCUCAGCUCACCUCCCGUCUCUAUUGUGCAGUAAAUAAUUCUGAAUCCACUUCUUCAUUUGCCUGGUCUCUGGUGAAAACGACACAGAAAUGAUCCAGUUUUCGUUGAAUUUGUAUUUUACGAAGCCUUUUGAUUUUAUGAUCUCUGCAUGAAUAGUCAGCUUAGACACUUUCAAUGUUUUGGGAUUUUCUUUGUUUGUCUGAUUCAUUUCACUCUUUCUUUCCUGUUUGUUUUGUGGCUGCUGCUGUGUUUCUGUAUCUGUUUGUUUCCUGAACCUGAUCUGUACAGACAACGUGCACAGAGUUUAUAUAUUUGUACUGAAUGCCGACUGAGUAUUGACACAUUCUUCACAUGUUGUAUCGACUGUGACGGUUUGUCGCCGAUCUGAAAUCUGUUCAGCGUUUCUGUUCGGAAGAAAUCAAUUAAAAGGAAAAAUGCAAA